CAGAGGAAACUCUCUCACCCUUUGUUCCUCCUAUCUCACAGUUUACCCCCUCUUUCUCUCUUUUCUCUUGCUUGUUGGAUGCCAGACGUCUCGGGGUGACGGCGAGCUGUGGAACAAGGGGGGAGGUGGCGAUGGUGUGAAGAGUGUGCGUCUGUUUGACAGCAUUCCUCUUCCUCUGAGCGUGUGCAGAAGGUGAAGAAGACGAAGAGAGAAGCUCCAAAAAGCGGAGAUGAUGUCAUCCUUUCAAGACUAAGUCAUCAGUGAUCUGGAUCAUCUCCUCUCCAGGUUGUAGGAACACCAGAAUCAGAAGAUGUGGGUGGCUGCAGUCUGAAUGGAAUCACUAAGGCCUCCACAUCCCUCCUGUCUGAGACUGUGAAAGAAGGCGACCCGGCUGAUUCAACAUGGCUGCCGUCGGCCUGCUGGUGCUGCUGCUGGUGGUGGCGCCCGUCUGCAGGGGGAGUCUGGUCGUGGUCAACUCUGGCGUGGAGGUCUCCAGAGGCGGGUCGGUGUUCGUCACAGAGAAGGAGCUGAAGAUCAGCGUGGGCGCUGGCGUGGACUGUAAGGUGGAGGUGGUGAUGAACGAACCCGUCACACAGAGGGUCGGCAGGCUGACUCCGCAGGUGUUUGACUGCAGCUUCCUGGAGGACGAGGUGAAAUACGUCCACAGUGGGAGUCCUGUGCUGAACGAGGACACGGUGAUGCUGAGAGUCUACAGGUUCACGUCCUCAGACACUCAGGUGGAGACGGUGGUCCUGCCGGUGCGGGUGGUGGACUCUGGGUCUGGUGUGGUGGAGCUGGGCAGCGCCCCGCUGGUGGUUCCUCAGUUCUACGGUUUAUCAAACGCCAUCGACAGCUCCGUCCUGAACAUCUGGACCGCCGGUGACCUGAUCUGUAUCGUCAGGCUGAUGGCGGCCGACAGCGGCGUCCCCGCUCUGGGUCAGCUGGUGAGAGAGGAAGACUCCACGCAGAGGAAGGGCAGAGAGACGGCGGCGAUCUGCCCGGGGAACAAACCCUGUCUCCAUCACACCAAAGAGGUUCGCUUUCUCAAAACCAGCUGUCAGGACUUUCUGAGCUCCGGUCUGAAGUACCAGCACCUCAGCCCGCCGUCACCUGAGAUCGACUACAUCCCCAUCAGGGUGGAACUGAGGGAGAAGGCCACCAGGGCGCUGCUGGAGGCCGAGUCGAUAUGGCUGCCGGUCCUGAUCCAAGGUGCGAUGCAGAACCAGCCGCCCCAAGCCGCCUUCAUGGCCUCCUUCAUUUUAGAGGUGGACCAGUUCAUCCUGACCCCGCUCACCACCGCCGCCCUGGACGCCAAAGACCACGAGACGCCGCAGGAGAGGCUUGUCUUCAACGUGACCGUCCCACCUGCAGAGGGCUACAUCACCCACCUGGACGACCACACCAAGCCCAUCACCUCCUUCACCUGGGUGGACCUCCACGAGAUGAAGGUGGCCUAUCAGCCGCCCAACAGCAGCCAAUCACAGCGCAGGAAUUAUGAGAUGGAGUUCCAGGCGAUAGACAGCUCCUUUAUGACCAGUCCACCCAUCAUGGUCCACAUCUCCAUCAGGGCGACUGAGACCAACGCACCCAGAGUCUCCUGGAACAUGGGCUUGGACCUGCUGGAGGGUCAGUCCAGACCGAUCACGUGGGGGGAGCUACAGAUAGUCGACAACGACAACAUCAACGCCGUGUUCCUGGUGGCCGUGGACGGACCUCUCCAUGGACGUCUCAGUGUCAGAGGUGGGAAGGCGUUCAUGUUCCGUGUACGUGACCUUAAGGAUGGCGUGGUCGUCUACCACCACUCUGACAGCGACACCACCCGUGACCACAUCGUCUUCCGCAUCAGCGACGGCCGCCACAGCAUCCGCCACAAGUUCCCCAUCAACAUCCUGCCCAAAGACGACUCCCCGCCAUUUCUCAUCAACAACGUGGCGGUGGAGGUGCAGGAGGGCGGGGCCCUACGGCUGGAGGAACACAUGCUGUUGGCGUCUGACCUGGACUCUAGUGACGACUACAUCCAGUACCAGGUGGUGUUAAAGCCGAGGGCGGGGCAGCUGGUCAGGAAAAGCUCUGCCCAUGACACAGGACUUCCUGUGGACAGUUUCCUGCAGAGAGAUCUGAUCCAGGGUCAGAUCUUCUAUCAGCACUCAGGAGACGAGACGUUCGAGGAUUCCUUUGACUUCACGCUGUCUGACAGCCAUGACCCACCAAACCUCUCUCAGACAUAUACGGUGGUCGUCCACGUCUUCCCGGUGAAGGACCAGCUGCCGGUGGAGGUUUCAGGCAGCGUUCGCUCUCUGACGGUGAAGGAGACGGAUGUGGUUUACGUCACUCAGGCUCAGCUUCACUUCAUCGACAGAGAGCACCCAGACACCGACCUGACCUACGUCAUCACACAGCCCUGCUCCAGCCCAGUGCAUCCUGGGCUGAUGGAUGCAGGACGUUUGUUCUACACAGACAGCGCCAACGCCAUGAAGAAGGAUCACAUGGUCCCGGUGUUAAAGUCCUUCACACAGCAUGCAGUAAAUCACAUGAAAGUCGCCUUCAUGCCUCCUGUUGAAGACAUUGGCCCCGAGCCGCUGUUCGUCCAGUUUGUCUUCUCCGUCAGCGACCACCACGGAGGCACCAUCAGCGACCUCGUCUUUAACAUCACCAUCACUCCAGUGGACGACCAGGCCCCAGAGGCAUUCACCAACCUGCUGCGGGUGGAGGAAGGGGGCGGAGUCUUUGUGACAGAGGAACACCUCCUGGUUCAGGACCGGGACAGCCUGGAGGAGGUGCUGAGGGUGGAGCUGCAGAGGACGGCUCACCACGGGCGCCUGGAGCUGCAGGGCCGAACGCUGCAGCAGGGGGACAGAUUCAGCCUGAGCGACCUCCGAGGGCUCCGACUCAGGUACAUCCACGAUGACUCAGAGACGACGGAGGAUGAAAUCGGUCUGAAGGUGACAGACGGUCUGAACUCUGCAGACGUCAUUCUGCCGAUACAGAUUUUACCGAUGAAUGACGAGCCUCCCCAGCUGGAUGGGGGUCUGCGGGGUGAGCUGAGCUGUGAGGAGGGCGGGCGCAUCCAGGUGACGGUGGACUACCUGUCGGCUACGGACCGGGACAGCGAGGACUCCAGACUGACCUACAUGCUGGCGCGGAGUCCGGGCAGAGGAGAGCUGCAGAGAGCCGGACUGAGCGCAGACAAGUUCUCCCAGCAGGACCUGCUGCAGGGACACAUGUACUACGUCCACACAGGAGGAGAGAUCGGACCUGACCCUGUAUUUGACACCGUCACCCUCAUCAUCUCUGACGGCGAGGCUGGAGCGACUGACAGCUGCUGCCAUGGAGACGCUCCGCCCCCUCCAGUGCCUCUACAUGGGACACUACCUGUCUACGAUCUCAACGUCACCAUCCUUCCUGUCAACAACCAAGUUCCUACGAUCACUCUGGGUGACUCCAUGUUUGUGGUGGAUGAGGGCUCCUCAGCCUGUCUCUGUGGGGGGGUCCUGGGGGCCGUAGACCCCGACAGCGGCCCAGACCAGCUGACGUUCUACCUGGAGACCCUCCCUCUUCACGGCUUCCUGGAGAACACGCUGCCGACGCCGGGCUCAGAGAAGAGCAACGCUGGAGUCCGAGUCGAAUCCUUCAGUCUCGACGACCUGACCUCCGGUUAUAUCAACUACGUCCAAUCAGAGAGCAAAGGGGCGGAGCCGACUGUCGACCAGCUGUCUGUUAGUGUGAGUGACGGGCUGCAUCACUCCGCCCCUGUCCCCUUUUACAUCAUCAUCAACCCGACCAAUGACGAAACGCCUUCACUGCAGCUCGCCAACUUUACCGUGAGGGAGGGCGGGAUGAGGGAACUGACCCCCUCCAUACUGAAUGGUUUUGACCUGGACGCUCCUCCAGAGGUCCUGACAUUCACCGUGGAGCGGCCGCCGGCUCACGGCAGCCUGUUAAACGGCAUCUACGGUACCGAGAUCAGCCGCUACAAGGAGAUGGGAGCCGACCUUCUGCAGAGGAGCCUCCCCGUCACCUCCUUCACCCUGCAGGAGCUCCGACAAGGCAUGAAGAUCGUGUACAUGCACGACGACACAGAAACCCUGAAGGACGCCUUGGCUCUGAGUCUGACAGAUGGCGUCCACACGGUGCGGGGGACGGCUCAGGUCACCGUGCUGCCGGUGAACGACGAGAAGCCCCGGCUGAUCAAGAACGCCGGCCUGCAGGUGGACUCAGGUGAUCGUAGGGUGAUCUCCAGUGUGGUUCUGGAAACCGAGGACCUGGACACGCCCCCGGACCAGGUGUUCUACUUCAUCAGCGCCGCUCCUCGCUUUGGGAAACUGACACUCAAGACAGAGUCCGGCUGGAUGGAGCUGUCGGCCGGUCAGAACUUCACUCAGGACGACGUGGAGAUGAACCGUCUGUGGUACGCUCACACCGCUGCUACCAACGCCGCUGGAUUCAAAGGUCACGACAGCUUCCGCUUCACCCUCAGCGACCUGGAGAACGAGAGCCCGGUGCAAAGCUUCUACAUCUCUGUUCACACCGUGCAGAAAGGUGACUUGGUGCUGCUGACCAAGGCCGUGCAUCUACUGGAGGGUCAGCGAGUCGUCCUCAGCACCGACAUCCUGCUGGCGUCAGACUCUUCAGAUCGUCCUGAGGAGCUGGUCUACACCGUGUCUGUCCCGCCUAGACAUGGCCUCGUCCACGCCGUCCAUCAGCCCGGCGUCCCGCUGCUCUCCUUCACACAGAUGGACGUGGCCGCACAUCGGGUGUGUUACACCCACGACAACAGCCACGACGCCGAGAUGGACACCUUUAGUUUUGUUGUCACAAACGGCGACUCGUCCCGCAGCGGUACCCUCCACUUCACCAUCGAGCACGGGGACCGCAUCCCGCCGACCCUCCACCGUAACACGGGUCUGCAGCUGCAGGACGGCUUCACGCAGACCGUCACAGCCGAGCAGCUGCAGCUGACCGAUCCCGACACCGCCACCGCCAGCCUGAGCUUCAUCAUCACACAGCCGCCACGUUACGGUAAACUACUGCUGGGAGGCAUCCCUCUGUCACCGCCGCUUAGAUUCACCCAGACGGACGUGGACGAGAUGAAGGUGGCGUACCGACAUGAUGCGAGAAGUCCCGCAGAGAUCGACAGGUUUUACUUCCUGCCGACAGACGGGAGCAACAAAGGAUACCUGGAGUUUGGACAGCUGAGGGAGGAGCCGGCGGUUUUUAACAUCCAGGUGCAGCAGGUUGAUCGGACGCCUCCCGGUCUGACCACCAAGAGGAGCCCAAGCACCGUGGUAGACCUGGGUGGCGGUCGUUACGGCGUCUUCAUCACCUCCAAACACCUGCAGGCCUCGGACCCUGACAGCCCCACAGAGGAGCUGGAGUUCUCCAUCACCAGACCGCCUCACUUCGGCUACCUGGAGAACGCCGUCACAGGAGCCUAUGUUAAAGGUCGUUUCACGCAGCGAGACGUGGACCAGCGUGCUGUCGUGUUCGUCCUCCCCGCUGACAUGGAGGUGACGGCCGACAGCUUCGAGUUUCGCCUCAUCGACCCGGCAGGGAACACGGCGCUGCCUGAGAUACUGGACCUGUCCUGGUCAAGGGUCGAGUUGUCAGCGACCUGCUAUAGAACAUGUGAGACGGCGGGGACGCUUCAGAUCCAAAUCCAACGCAGCGGGAAGAGCGUCGACCCGGCAUACGUAGCUAUCCAGGUAGAGGAGGGAUCAGCCAAACCUGGCAGAGAUUUCACCCACAGCUCGGCCGCUCUUAUCCAGUUUGACCCAGGAGUCAACGUGAAAACCUGGAACGUUUACCUGAUCGACGACGGCCUGGAGGAAAACCACGAGACCUUCACUGUCACCCUGAAUAGUCCGAAAAACGCUGUACUGGGGCAGAGGACCUCUGCAAGUGUGGAGAUCAUCGACCCCAGAGGAGGAAGGUGUGAUCCUGAUGACCUGAAGGUGGACGAGAAAGGACUCCCUCCUCCUCCUCACCUCCCUGAACCCCCCAGGACGAAGGAGGAGGACGAAGACCCGGUCACAGACAUCGAGGCCGAGCUGCUGUGGGAGAACCAGCCUCACCCUCCUCGAGGUGACGUCCCAAACCGCCACCUGGACUACGGAGAGGGGGAACCACAGGACCAGGCGGUCCCCAGCUACACCCACUUCCACCCUCACAGCAGGUCCCCGGCUGGGGCUGGGAGCGCUGGGACCAGAGCGAGAUAUGGAGGAUUAAAGGUCCAUCUGUCAGGAGAGAGGAGGACUGAGGACAGAGUCUGGACUUUCCACAGCCUGACUCCUCUCCGUCUAGAGGAGGUGAAGCCAGGAGACGCCGGGUGGAGUCGGUGGGCUCACAGUCGCCCUGUACAGGAUCUCCCGGUCGGUGACCCUCCUCAGAUGGACCAUCCAGAACCCAGAAACCAUCCAGAGCUGCGCCAGCGUAAGACCGGGAAAUCCGUCACCAGCUCGUGUCCUGACGGCUGGACUCACUACAGGAGGCGCUGUUACGUCGUCAGCUCGUCUGUGGCCAGCUGGGGGAGCGCGGAGCGGACCUGCUCACUGCUGUUUAACAGCAGCCUGACCAGCGUGCGCUCCAGGAGAGACAUGACCUGGCUGUGGAAGUUUGCAGGAAAGAAGCCGUUUUGGAUCGGUCUGUCUGGAGGUCCUGGUCGCUGGAUGUGGGCCGACGGCCGGUCAGUGUCCUUCUCUAGACUGAAGGGGGCGCCAUCGGGUCGUGGCGAGUCCGAUGUGGGUUCCGACUGCGUGCUGGUUGAAAACCCUCGAAGCUGGAUCUCAACGAGCUGCUCUCCUGAAACUCAGCACACGUUCAUCUGCUCGUCUCCGGCUCACACUCACUGAGACGCUCUCGGCUUCUUCACCGCUGCCCGUCCCUAAACGUCUGUGAACAUGCUACACUCAUAUUUAAUGACACGCAACCAUGCUGCUCUGUACAUUAGGGUUUAUUUUUGUCAUA